ACACUUCACACUUCCAGAGUUGCAGAUAAGGCUACACCGCUACGCUGCCACUCACCAUUCACCAGUUCCUGCAAGAGCUGGCCAUGGCGCCCUUCUGCACUCCUGCUGCCACUGCAGCGCCCCAUGCCACUCCAACCCCUCUCACCAGCUCAAGGAAGCAUAUCUCUAUGUGCCUCUCCCCCAAGCUAGGCGGCGGCGGCAGCCAGAGGGCGCGGCUUGCGAGUUCAGCAGCUCCUCAGGUGCGCGCGCUGGCGCCGGCGACGGCGGCGGAAGAAGCGGCGGCUGCUCCCUCCCCCGCCCCUGUCAACGUGGAGUACCUGGCCGCCGAGUUCGCCGGCCACGGCGUGGGUUUCGAGCCCGUGGGCGGCAGCUGCGCCGUCAAGAUGGCGCUGAGCAACGGCAGCGUGGCGCACCUGCUGCUCCCCAGCGGCCUCGUCACGUCCUACAAGCCCGCCAUGUGGCACGGCACCGUCACGGAGGUGCUCCACACGAACGUCACCGAGGGCCCCGGCGGGCGGGCCGUCAUCCGCGGCGGCGUGGCCGUGGACCUCCGCUGCGCCACCGGCGGCGGCGGCGGCGGGUGGUCGCCGGGUGGUGCGUGGUCGCUCCGCGACGUCCGCGGAAAUCCCACGACCUCCAUUGAGGUCGAGCUCGCGGCGGCGGCGCCGGGGAACGCGGCGGCGGCGAGGUGCGUGGUGACGCUGCACCCGGAGGCGCUGUCGACGGAGCUCGCUGUGACGAACGGCGCGUCGUCGGCGCCGAUGGCGCUGUCGUGCGGCGUGUCGAACCACCUGCGCGUGAGCACCCCGGAUGCCACCUACGCGCUGGGGCUGCAGGGCUCCGACUACCGCACCGUCGAGCCGGCGCUGUCGGAGUUCAGCAUCAUCCCUCCGGACUACCAAGCCGCCGCGCGGCAGCCCGCGGCCCGGCACCACCGGUGGGCGAACAGGGGCUUCGACAUGAUCCUCUCCGGCGGCCGGGACCGCGGCGGCGCGGCGGACGACGACCAGCCCGACGGCGAGGAGGACGACGACUACAAGCACUUGACGGACGCGGUGUGCCGCGUCUACAGCCACGCGCCCAGGGAGUUCACCAUCAUGGACAGGGGUAGGAGGAACUCCGUUCGCUUGCACAGGAGUGGGUUCGAGGAGCUGUACGUGUUCAGCCCAGGAUCCCAGUACCAGUGGUACGGCAAGUACGCCUACGUGGUCGUGGGGCCUGCCAUGCUGGAGCCCGUGGUGCUGGGGGCCGGUGAAACGUGGCAGGGGGCUCAAUACCUGCGCAACCCCAAUCUCUAGGCUCACCGGCACUGCUGCACCUACAGUUGUAUAUGUAGCAACAACCGUGGUGAAUGGUGAUGUCCAUAUUGAAAUGCUGAUAACAAUAUUAUUGAAAUGUAGGCGGACGAUGUCCAUAUUGUUCGAUGUUGCAACGCAACACAGCUUCUGAGCUUCACAUCA